UGCUCCAGCCCUCCGAGCUUCUCUGUGGGCUCCCCAGCUCCCCACAGGCCCACUGCAACAGCCCCACAUCCCUCCAGUGCUUCACCCCAGGCUGGAUGUAGAACUACAGAUGGGGUCACAGGAAGAUUUUCAACCACUGUUAAUCUACCCUGCAAGCACAUUUCCCGUGUCUCCACGGCUGAGGUGAGGUCCCACAGUGGAUCUGCACGAUGCUUUGGCAUUCCCUGCACAGUAGGCAGAGGGCGGAUGGGGGCAGCCCCCACCAUGCCCAGACUCCCCAUUACCUGGGAGCGAGCCUGGCAAGGGGGGUGACGUGGGCAGGGUGGGGCCCUGCAGCCCCUUAGUGACAUGGGCUGGUGUCACAAUGGGGCACUGCACCUCACCCUGACCCCUGCCCCAUCCCACAGCUCCCAGCUCACACUUCCCCGAGAGGUGAGGUGAGCCCAGACGCGAGUUGCUGCUCUCGCCAGCGCUCUUCUCUCGCCAGCUGCUCUGCAGCGAGGAGGUGAAGGCAAAGGCAGGCAGUGCGAUAGUGCUGGGUCUGUUUGGAGACGUGCACAGGAGGAGUGCAGGAGCUCGGCGAUCACAAGCCCGACGCUCUUGAUCUAAACCCGCUGACGGCCAACUGUUGGCAAAAUGCCUCGGAAGAGGAUCUUUUUGUCCCCAAGCUUUUUUCCCAAGGAUGAGGUGCCGGAGUUUAUACUGGCAGAUCUCGCUGAGCAAGAAGAGGAUCAAGAACGCCAGUUGCUUCAUGGCCACUUUCCACCCGUCUGGACAAGUGAUCUCGACCUGCUGGCAGAAGAGGGGACUACAACAGAAACUGUGAGUGUGCUGCCAUGUGUUGGAAAGAGCUGGGCAGAGAGGAACCUGGAGAUGGAGAGGGAGGGAGAAGUCUGGCUCUCUGCUCUGCGCAACCAGCUGGGAACAUCACUGGCAAGGAAGCGAUUCAGAGCACCUCAAGUCCAGCAGCGCUUCCCCCCUCUGAGGACCACCACACAGGAGAGGGAGAAGGUGCAAAAAGAAAAGAUCUCCAGCAAGAAGAAAAGCGAGGAGAUUCCUUGCAGCCUUCCUCCAAUAGAGAAGGGGAGGACAGUGGUCCCCCCAGCAGAAAUGGGGGAGCCCAAUGUCCAGUCACUACGGGCAAAACAGGUCCUGGGAACCUUGGAGUCAUACAAGGUGUGCCGGGAAGGAUGGAGGAAGAAGGUGGAGCAAAACAGGCUCCUUCCACCCAGACCCAAGGAGUACCUCAGCUUUGUGAAGAAGUUGGAGCUGCAGGAGGCCAGAGAUAAACACAAGAAACUGUGAGAAAACAUCAGGCGGGCGCAGUGUAGCCAAUUCAUUCCGCGCCCACUCACACCAUGGCAAUGCACAAAGAAGCCCCAGGAUUGGCAACACCGGGGCUGACAGGAGGCAUGUAGAUACAGCAGCUGCC